CGUACAGGGGCGGAACAAUGAAGAGAAAGACACUGAUCGUGUUAAGUUAUGAGAUCACAAAAUCGUAUCUAAGAGUGGAGAAUUAGCAACCACACAUGACAUGGCACCCUUUGCCCUCAACUUCCACACUCAGCUACUUCUUCGCUCUCUCACUUCUAAGCCAAAUCUUCGUGCCCUUUACCAACCUUCUACCAAAACCCUCACUUUUUGUUUCAUUCAAACAAAACAACUAACUUCAAUUCAAUGUUCUUCACUCAACUCUCAACUUCAAACCAAGGGAACCCCUUCUGCUUCUUUCAGAGACAGGAGGGGUUCUUUGAAACCAAAAGAUAUCAGCAGCAGUUACGAGGUUUGUGAGAGAGUGGAAAAGAAGAAGAAGAAGAAGAAGACAAAAAAAAAUAAGGAUAGCCCAGAAGCUAAGUUGAAGAAUGCUUUGGACAUGUGUUCCAAAAGAGGGGAUGUUAUGGGAGCAUUGUCCUUAUAUGACUCAGCAAGGUUAGAGGGUGUCAGACUGGGUCAGCACCAUUACACAGUGUUGCUGUAUCUCUGUUCUUCUGCAGCUGUUGGUGUUGUUCGACCGGCCAAAAGUGGAAGUGGUGCUAGAACUCUCAAUGCACUUGUUUCCUCCAACGAGGGGUUAAGUGAAUCAAUGGACACAAAUGACAGACAUUUUGAGUUGGAUGGCAAUGCUGAGUUAAAUUCUGAUAUGAAUCCCACUCAAAAAGAUGGGAUACUAUUGGUGAGUGAGGAUGUCAAGAGGUAUGCACUGCAGAGAGGGUAUGAAGUGUAUGAGAAUAUGUGUGUAGAUAAGGUUUCAAUGAACGAGGCUGCGUUGACGGCUGUGGCUCGAAUGGCCAUGUCCAUGGGUGAUGGUGACAUGGCCUUUGAGAUGGUGAGGCAGAUGAAGGACUUGGGGAUAAGUCCUAAGUUGAGGUCUUAUGGUCCUGCUUUAUCCACCUUUUGUGAUAAUGGGGAAUUGGAUAAGGCAUUUGCUGUUGAAAAGCACAUGCUAGAACAUGGUGUCUACCCUGAAGAGCCUGAGUUGGAGGCUCUCUUGAGGGUGAGCAUAGGAGCUGGAAAUAGUGACAAGGUUUACUAUGUGUUGCAUAAACUAAGAAGUAGUGUGAGGAAAGUAUCGCCGACUACUGCAUCUUUGAUUGUUGAUUGGUUUAAAAGCAAACAGGCUUCAAGAAUUGGGAAGAGAAAAUGGGAUAAAAGAUUAAUAAUGGAAGCAAUAGAGAAUAAUGGUGGAGGAUGGUACGGGCAAGGUUGGUUGGGUAAAGGGAAAUGGGAAGUUGUUCAUACAACCAUUGGAAAGGAUGGAGUGUGUAAAUGCUGUGGGGUGCACUUGACCACUAUUGAUCUUGAUCCUAUUGAGACUGAGAAUUUUUCCAAGUCGGUUGCUUCCCUAGCCUUGAUGAGAGAAAAAGGAUCAAACUUCCUGAAAUUUCAAAAAUGGCUUGACUACUAUGGACCUUUUGAAGCAGUGGUAGAUGCUGCAAAUGUAGGUCUUUUUGGCCAAGGGAGAUUCAUGCCACACAAGAUCAAAGCUGUUGCCAAUGAAAUACACCAAAGGCUUCCUUCAAAGAAGUUUCCACUCAUUAUUUUGCAUAAUAAGCGUAUCAAGGGAGACAAAAUGGAUGAACCAAUCAAUAGGGCAUUAAUUGAUAAAUGGAAUAAUGCCAAUGCACUUUAUGCAACACCUUCUGGAUCAAAUGAUGAUUGGUACUGGUUGUAUGCAGCUAUAAAAUUUAAAUGCUUACUUAUUACCAAUGAUGAGAUGAGAGAUCAUCUUUUUCAACUUUUGGGAAAUGACUUUUUCCCCAAGUGGAAAGAAAGGCAUCAGGUACGCUUCAGUUUCUCUGAUACUGGUAGUCCAGUGUUUCAUAUGCCCCCUCCUUGUUCUGUUGUAAUUCAGGAAUCAGAGGAAGGCCACUGGCAUGUUCCAAUUGAAACAGAACUUAACUACGAAUCAGAAAGAAGAUGGUUGUGCAUUACCCGUGCUAAAUUAGACAUGGUUCGCAAAGAUUGUUCAACAACAUCUAAAGAUUCUAAACCCUUGCAAAAAGCAGAAUGUGCAAGAUCAGCUACUAGAAAUGCAUCUGCAAAAGAGUAGCAACGUCAGAAUCUUGUCAACCAUAAAGAGAAAAAGGAAACAUCUCAAGACUUGUGUAAAAAUAAAGAUAUUUUUUUAGCACCAGUAUCCUCAGAUAAUAAUUACUCGAUUUUGUCUGACAUUGAGGCUGCAGAGUUGAUUGGUGGUUGUACCAUUGAUUUUCAAAUAUAGAGUUCCCUUUGUGGGGUUGAUUAUCUUGAGCUUUGCACUGGAAAAUUAUCAGUGGUCUUGUGCGAGGGUCCAAUAUAGUUUUAUAUUGCAGGGCGAAAUAGAAAGGAUAAGUUUUAGUUCUAAAUUCUAAUCUAAAGUUAACUUUUCCAUUCAAAACUUUUAACUGUUGUUCACGCAUGGAACAAGAUCUUAUUUGGUAAUUCGAUUUUUAUCCGCCAUCUAAUAGCUUGAAAUUUCAACUAAACAGUUCUUUUGUUAAUAACUCGUAAUUAAAUCAAAUUUGAACAGCAGAAGGCAUCUUAAUGUAGCAUUCCUUACUGAAUAUAUAAAUAAAUGGUCAACGUCAACUAGUUUGUUACUGAAUUUAUAUCUUUAGAACAUGUGUAUGGCCUUGUGAUGUUGAUGUUGAAUCUUGGUCCUCUGCCAAACUACUUUUUCCACUCAGACCACACUCCUAACCGGUACUUUGUAUGCUUCGUUAGUUUUAUGUGUUAGUCAAUAUAGUGAGAACUAUUAUGGUUAGUUUUUCUUCUCUUCCCCAUUUUCACCCAAAUUUUCCGCUCAUGUCCUCAAUUUUCACUUCCAUAUACUGCCUUAUAAUAAUCAUUCACUCAAUUAAGGUGCCUUAGAGGGGUCAUUCCAACUACUAAAGAGUAGGUCAAGUGGAGUAAGAUACGGUCUUGCGUAUAAAACGUUUCGAAUGCUAGUGUUCUUUAAACUUGAAGAUUUUCCUUGCCUUGGACAAGAGUACCAAUUUUUUCCCAUGAAUUUUUUUGUCCAAACUACCAAAAUUGAGGGGGACAUUCCAAAUUGUAAUAUACCUCAGCACAUAAUGCUUAUAUAAAUGUAGGUAGCAUUUAACUGACAUGCUGGAAGAUCAAGGAUCAGAUGAUGGAUCCGGUUACAUAUAGAGACAUAUCUUGAAAGAGAUAACCACAUAUAUAAAUGGUUAAAUUAUUUUGAACGCUUUCAUCUCUCACUUGAGGCUCAUGUACAUACAUAUAUACACAUGAAACAUUGCAUGUGGGAUGCUGUUUAUGCCUCAAACCCAAUAAGCUAUCCAACCAGUCACGUGAAAUUAUAAAAUAUUAUUAGCAACGACAACAACAUAUAUCAUAUACGUGACUUGUUUUCAUCAGAAAACUCAUACGACAAUCCCAUUGAGUAGUAAAUGCUUAGUAAUUAUGAGCAACUGCUAGUUGCAUGAUUGUCAAUUUUUAAAGGAAUGAAGUGGUAGUAGGGUCUGUCAUUGCAUUAUUCUAUGGGUCAUUACUUUGAUUUUUUAAUUAAUUAGAUGCGCAUAAUGGUAAAAAGCAGAAUAUCACGGGACUGAAACUGUUUAUUUGUCAUCAUGCAUUACAAUGUGUGUGCUGGCUGGUCAUGGGCAACAGAAUCUGUUUUCUAGGAGCAUUGUUUGUUUCACCAUAUCUCAACCCUCCAAAAGUCACAUUACUUAAUACCCUCUUAAAAUUACCUCAUUCAGAAAAGAGAGCAUUAUAUUAGAGCUUAUAUUUGCAAGCAUUAUUAUUCU